AUGGCAAGGGCCCGCUUGGAACUUGGGUGGUCUGUGAAGGUCAGCUCGCGCCGACCUCGGCUCCUCCGGAGCUUCGGUUUCUCCGGAACCUCGGCCUGCGCUGUCGCCCUCUCUCGCAGCCGAACGCCGACACCGCGGCAAAGCUCGCGCGGUGCGUCGGCCAUGGCGUGCGCGACAAAUGGAACGCCCGGCCUGGUGCCCGCGGUGGCAGCGGCGUCCGCGCUGGCGAAGCACGGGAUUAGCAUCGCGCCCAUCGAACCGCUGGGCGCCAGAGUCACUGGCCUGGAUCUCCGGACAACGCCGCCGGAGGAGGUGCUGAACAUUUUGGAGCAGGAGAUGGCAAACCGGGGCUUCCUGGUCUUUGGGGACCAGGGCGUGCUGAGUGGGGACGAGCAAGUGCACGCUAGCAAGCUCUGGGGCGCACGUGAGAUGCACAGCACCCACGGAGUUCAUCCCAAGGCUCCCAACCGCCACAUCUUCCGCUUGAGCAACGACCCCUCGGUGGGCAUCACAGGGGUGGGGCCCCAGUGGCACAAUGACGGGUCCUUUGAAGUCGCCGUGUUCUCCCAUGUCGGGUACCACAUCAUCCGAGUGCCGGAGCAUGGGGGCGACACCCAAUUCGUCCACCAAGGUGCAGCCUUUGACUCACUGCCCAAGGAGAAGCAAGAGUACUGGUCGCGGCUGGUGUCCGUCAAUGCCACCAGCGGGGUGUUGCAUCCCAUGGUCCAUGAUCACCCCAUCUCUGGAAGGCGCUCGGUGUAUUUGCACCUGGGCAUGACCGGUGGCAUCCUGGAGAAGUCUGGCGAAGGCUUCCGACUUUUGGAGGAGCAGGAGCUGCUGGACGUGUUCCGCAGCUACAACGCCCUUCUGAAUGCCGGCUCUGAGAAGGGCUACGGCAUCAGCUACCCCUACCACGAGGGCGACUGCAUCUUCAUUGACAACUUGGCGAUUGCGCACCGCGCGGCGCCGGAAGCUCACUUGGACCAGAGGAAGCAGGGCCUACGCAUACUUCACAGGACCACGGUGAAGUCGCCGCGGGAGUUCCUGCCGCCGUUCGGUCUGCCGGCUGUGGCCACCCAGCAGCUGCUGGAGAAGGCGGACAGAGGUCAGGGCGUCUUCGUGGCCGGCGGCCUCGGCUUCAGAUGGGAUCCGGACAUCCACAUGCAGAACUAG